AUGUACCUCAAGAUGCGAAUACCGUUCGACCUCUCGCCUGGUGUUCAAGCCCGCUCACCCACGGGCCUGCAACGUCGAGAAGAAAUCGACGGCAGGAAAAUUACCACAAUCGUCAUUCUCGCCGUACUAGUCCUCCUCAUCUUCGCCGCCUUCGUCACAUUUUCGUUCCGCGCAUCUCGUCGUUCUACCCGCAACAGUGCAAAAGCCUCCCGCGGCGGCUUCCUGAAAUCAAUAUGGAGCACCGGUGCUGGACGGAACCGAUACCGCCAGGCCCAAGACGAAACCUCCACUUCGACCGAGCAGCUGACGACACGCCGCUCGCGCCCGACUUCCGUCGCCUUCGACGCCUCGGCCGACCAGGCGCAAACUGACGCCCGCUCUCCCAGCAGUGCCGUGAACCGCAAUACCUCGAUCCGUUCCAUUAUGACGCUGCCUGCUUACAGGCCCGAUCCCAACGACAAUGAGCAGGUCCUGGGUCGCGAGGGCGAACGCGGAGGUGUGGAUGUUGUCAUUGAGUACCCCACCGAGGAGAACGAGGAGGAUCUGCGCGACCAAGAGAUGGAGGCCCUUUACCAGAUUCGCCUAGCCCGCCGCCAAGAGCUUGCCGAGCGGGAGGAGCGGAGGAGAGAGCGCCGUGAAGCACGGGAACGUGGCGAUUUCGUGGCCCUCGACAACAUUCGGGCGAGGGCGAGAAACGCCAGCAACAACAGUGUCCUCACCGUCCUUCGCGAGGAGCACGAACGCCUCAAGAACGAACGCCAGAGAGCCGUCUCCAGCGUGUCGUAUGCCGACCUCGGUGUUGCACGUCACGAUGGAACCCGCCUCCGAGCCAACAGCACUGAGAGCGAGAGGAUGGGCUUGCUGUCUGAUUCCGCCAGUAUCGCUGCCACAUCAAUCCGAUCCGGCGCCGACUCCGCCGCGAAUCACAGGAGAGGUCGCAGUGCUAGCUCCGUGAUGAGCAUCGAAAGUGACCUUCCCUCGCCAGGUUUCGCAUCGAGGUCCCGGGCCAACUCCCGCCCGGAUACUCCGCGCUUGGACACCCAGGCGGGCUCCAGUCCGGAAAUCAUCGAGGCCGAUGUGGGUGAAUCCGGCAUGCCCAUUUACUCCCCACCCGGAUACGAUGAAGUCUCGCUUGAUGACGAGCGCUCUCGGAGCAACACCCCACAGCCAGGCACCGAGCCUCCGCCGAACUACCCUGGUCCUGCCCAGCAGCGUGCGGACAGCAUUGCCUCGAGUAUGGCCGGCUUGGCUGCCGACGAGCAAACAACAAAUGGUCCGACAGACCAACAACAGCGACAAGCAAGGAUACCACAACUACCUAGCCUGCGUCUGCAGCAGGUGCCUCAGAUUGUAAUCGAGCCCUCUAGCGCCAGACCACACGACGACAGGUGA